AUGCGAUUUUCGGGGGCCUUCGGGACAACAAAAGAGAUUCAGCGGGAGGAGGUUGAGGGGAGAUUGGCUGAAGCGAAUGAGGGUUUGAAUGCGGGAGAGAAGGUUAUAUGGGGGAUGGGAGAGGCGAGUGGGGGGUUGCAGGACCUGGUUGCGGGUUUGGAAGGGAGUAGAGAGGCGUUGGGAGAAGGGAGGAGGGUUCUGGUAGAGCGGAUUGAGGGUUUAAGGGAGAGGAUUGCAGAGGCGGAGAGAUGGGUUGCUGAGGCGGAGAGGGGAAGGGAUGUUGUGGCGGCAAAGGCGGCUGCCAGGGUGGCGGAGGCCGAGGGUGACGUGGCGGAGAAGCGCGCUGAGCUGGCGCUGGCAAACCAGGAGCUGGCGGUGCGCGCGGGAAAGAUUGCUGAGCUGUCAUGGCAACUGGAGUUGGCCAAGGCUACUGUGAAGCACCAAGCGGACCUCAUUUCAAUGCUUGACAUGGCGUGUGUGCUGAGGGGGGAAGAGAUGAGGAAGUUUGGGGCGGCAGAGGAAGAGGCCUUGGAACGAAUGAUUGGCAGAGAAUUAGGUGGGUUGGUUGUGGUGCGCCUUAGGAUAUUGAUUUCUUAA